AUGCAGAAGAGAGCCAUGUCGCGAGUCACCAGCUCAGGCGAGUCUGAAGGCGAAGCGGAGCAAGGCCUCUUCUUCGCCUCGCCCUCACCGCCACCACUGCACUUGCCACGACAGACUCCUCAAGACAGCGUGCUGACCAUGGUGGAAGAAGCGAACAAGACCAAAGCAUUGGCCCCGCCUGUCGCGAACUUCAUGACACGCAACAAUGGUAACAAAUUUGCCUUCCUCGGUCUCGUGCGUCGUCAGGUCGAGUUGAUCAAGGCCCGCUCUCAAGAUAUUCGUGAUGGCCAAGUCACCGUCUUUGACAAGGCACUUCUGCAGCUCAGCCAGGAUGGACGCGAGCUGGAUAGCCCUGUUGUCAUACGGUUUUUUGCCGAACAGUUCUUGGGCAUCAACAUGGAUCCGAGCGGACGGUCAGCGUCAGCUGUGGAAGCUAGUCGUGUCCUUGAACGUGCUGUCCAAGUUGGACGAGGAGUUAAGAUGGAGCAGACUCUGAUGAACAGACAGAACCAAGGCAUGUAUCCAUCCCAUCACCCACUGAACUGGAAAUUGCAUAAAGUGCAAUAA